ACGAUAAGCAGGAGUCCAUAACUAAGAAAGUAGAGAAAGAAGAUCGGUCCAUAUAUGGCUACUUCAUUCUCUCAUAGCCAUUGCUACUUCCUCUGUGCUUCUCUUCUUUGUCUAUUCCUUUUCUUCUCCUUAGAAAAAGAAGCCCAUGCUCUUCAAGCAAGAAAGAUUUCUCAUCAACUUACUCAUACCAUUGAAGUCAGCAACUUGUUUCCAUCAACUGCUUGCAAACACUCCACCAAAGUUGCCGAAAAUAGUGCCACCCUGAAGGUAGUUCACAGGCGCGGUUCAUGCAACCAUCUUAAUCAAGACAAUGCAAAUUCUCCAAAUGUCUCGGAGAUUUUGCUUGAAGAUCAAUCUCGGGUCGAUUCAAUCCACGCAAGAAUUUCCAAGACCUCCGGCAACUUGGAGGAGACAAAGGCAACUAGACUUCCGGCGAAGAUAGGUGCCUCUCUUGGCACAAGUAAUUACAUUGUUACCAUAGGACUUGGCACCCCAAAAAAGGAUCUUCCGGUCGUGUUCGACACUGGAAGCGACCUCACUUGGACAAGGUGCAAGCCACAAGUCGAUACUUUCGAUCCGACCAAGUCCGCUUCCUAUGCCAAUAUUUCUUGCCGCAGUCAGCUUUGCACUUCCACUGGAGGCGGCCGUUCGAUAUGUUCCUCCUCAACAUGUGCGUAUGGUGUACAAUACGGCGACGGAUCUUACUCUGCUGGAUUUUUGGGCCAAGACAAGCUAACUCUUGGUAAGAAGGAUUCAUAUGACAAAUUUUAUUUCGGUUGUGGUCAGGAUAUUGAAGGCCUGUUCGGAAAAGCUGACGGUUUGCUUGGCCUCGGCCGAGAUAAGUUAUCAAUCGUCUCACAAACCGCUUCAAAAUACAAAAAACUGUUUUCCUAUUGUCUUCCAACGGCUAGCUCAACUGGUUAUCUCUCUUUCGGCGCUUCUCAAUCAAAAUCUGCUAAAUUUGUCCCUCUAUUAACGACUUCCUCCGACUUUUAUUAUCUGAGUCUCACCGGAAUAACAGUUGGUGGCCAAAAACUGUCAAUUCCAACGUCAGUGUUUUCAACUGCCGGCACAAUAAUUGAUUCGGGCACCGUGAUCACCCGGCUACCACCUGCAGCUUACUCUGCUCUGCGAUCGGCAUUCAAAAAAAAGAUGGCUAAAUAUCCAGUGGCUGCCCCACUGUCAAUACUGGACACUUGCUUUGAUUUUAGCAAGACACAAACGAUCACUUUUCCUAAGAUUGUGUUGUCGUUUAGCGGAACGACAGAUGUGGAAGUUGACAAAACGGGAACAUUCUUUGCCACGGGGGUGGAUCAGGCGUGCUUGGCUUUUGCUGCGAAUGGUGAUGCAGGAGACAAAGCCAUUUUAGGGAAUACGCAGCAACGAACUUAUGAGGUGAUUUAUGAUAUCAAUGGAGGAAAGAUUGGGUUUUCUCCUGCUGGUUGCAGUUAGCUUUAAUUUGAUCUAUAGGAAAAUAAAUAAAGCUGUCCAUAGGGAGAUAGAGUGCUGUACUUUUAAAUUUUUAAGGAAGUAACGUGUAACCUUUUUCUUUGUUCAUAUAUGGAUUUUCUUAUUAUAUUAUAUAAUUCCAAUUAUUAUCUUA